GAUGUGGUUCGAUAUUAAUCGAUUCCACCUUCUCGUUCUCCUCACUUGGCAAUUCUCCAUUUUCUUCGCCUCACAACAGAUUUUUCCGAUUUUCUCGAAUUAUGUGCCACAAUGGACAUGCGGAAAUGGGGAGCCAACAUCAGACUGUUCAGUCUAUGAAUCAUGUAAAUCCAACUUAACAUUUGUCAACGUGGCAUUCAAGUCAGCUGCAAUGGAAUAUGACUGGAUUUGUGGAAAAUCUGCAUACUUGAAGUCAUUGUUCUCACAAAUUCAAUUUGCCGGCGUUUUAUGUGGAACAUUUUCAUUUGGAGCAGUUUCAGAUGUUGUUGGACGGAAGCCUGUCGCCGUUUUUGCACUUUCUCUUGGAAUUCUCAUGAAUUUCGUGACGGGAUUGGCUCCAAACUACCAAGUUCUUCUGGGAAUCCGAUUCUUUUUGGGCUUGUCUGUCGGUGGAACUCUUGUAGUUGUGUGCACAUUUGUGAUGGAAAUGCUCCUGCCGCAACAGAGAAUGGCUCUGCGAGCAUUCUUUAAUUGGGGAGUAGCUCGUCUUAUGAUGACCCUAAUCGCAAUGGCAUUACCCGAAUGGAGAAUGUCAUCGAUUGCAUGUGCAGUGGCUGCUCUUCCAGCUCUAAUUAUUAUUGUAUUCGUGUUCCCAGAGUCUCCGACAUGGUUGCAUAAUAAAGGAAGGUUGGAUGAAAUGAAAAAGAGUGAGAAGCAUAUUGCAAAAAUGGCAGGAGUACCGUAUGUUCCAAUUGAGCAUAAGAGAAUUGAACAUUCGAAGACAGUAAUGGAAAUGCUCCAAACCAAAGGACUCAUGAGCCGUCUCUUCGUCCUCUGGUCCAUGUGGUUUGUUGCCUCAAUCUGUGGAUAUGCAACUGAUCUCAACUCCAACACAAUAUCUGGUGAUCUCUUCGUCAAUCAGAUUCUUUUCUCAAUUCUUAUCGCGGUUUCCAAGAUGAUUCUCGUCGUAUUUGACACUCAUGUUCCAUCAUUCCGUCGACGAACUCUUCAUCAAGGUGCACAGUUGGUUGUGUGCAUAUGCUUCUUGAUUCUUACCUUCAUGACGUUUAAUGGAUAUACUGGUCUCGCAUUCCUGAUUGUCAAUCUAAUCGGAACAGUCUUCAUCGAGUACACCUGGGAUGCGUGCUAUCUUUGUGCCGUCGAGAGUAUGGAAACCGCGUGCCGAGCAUCUGCAACUGGAACCUGUUCACUUGUUGCCAGAAUCGGAGCAAUUCUCGCGCCAAUGCUGAACUACGCAAACCUUUGGUGGCCACCAUCCGUGUACCUGACCGUCGUACUCCUUGGAACAAUCAAUUUGAUAAUCUCAUACUUCUUCUUGGUUGAAACGAAGAAUGUAAACCUCGACAAUGUGCACAUCGAUCCAUCAUCCGAAGAAGGAACUCCGAUGAUUGACGAGAAGCCUGCACAAAAGACAUCCGAAUAGUGCUUUCAAUGUACAAAAAGUCUCUCUCUUUUACAGAAUACUCAUUAUACUAAAUCUUCAUAUUAAUACUCAUCAUACUUGCCACGAUAAAUUGUUGAAACAUG